AUGUUCCUCGUUGAUUGGUUCUAUGGAGUUCUCGCAUCUCUCGGAUCAUGGAAAAAGGAAGCGAAGAUUCUGUUUCUGGGUCUCGACAACGCCGGAAAAACCACCUUGCUUCACAUGUUAAAAGACGAGAGACUGGUCCAGCAUCAGCCGACAUCGGAAGAGCUUAGUAUCGGGAAAAUCAAGUUCAAAGCUUUCGAUUAG